GGUCACGGGAUCGGGGAUUCCCCAAAGGUGUGGUCUUGACAAGGUUUUGCUGAGAAACACCAUCUUGAAUAAUUAUAUUUCACGUAAAUCGCGACAACGGACAAGUGGUAAGUUGCUGUGUCUUUUGCUAAAUAUCGGCACCUGUUUUAGUGUGUCUUUUUGAAUGUUUUAACCUCUAAACUGAAAUGGUUGCUCUGAAAUCAUUGAAAGAACACUGGAAGGCCAUAUCAUAUAAUUAAAAUAGAUAAACACGAUGAGCCAUGUGGGCCGGUUGUCUAUGUUGAGCGGUGCAAUGUACGUUAUUAUCUAGAAGGACUUUGCUCUGGUAAAAAUUACUUCAUUCUGGUUCAUGGCCAAUGUAAAACGGGUGGAAAUUGGGUUUUCAACGUGUGAACCGUUUACGUGAACAUUGUUAACGCUGUAAUAAACGCGAUAGCGUUGACGAUAGUAAUUCCUCGACCUACAUGUGUACUAGUUAGCUUGAAAUCAGCUAGAUAUAUCUAUUAUCUUAAAUCACAAAGGUUUUCUAUACACGGGAAUUUGUUUGACGGAUGUACACACUGGUAAAAUCUUCUAAGGUUAUGUUAAACGAUCCUUUUUUUUUUACACGAUGUUUGUCAAGAGUUGAAUUGAAUUAAUAUACACAUACACUUUAGGACUCCAUUAUUUUGCGGAACUAUUGAUUGCCCUAAAUACAGAACUAUAAUUGAACAAGGGAACACUGGGCUUCAGUCUGCUGAUGCACAGGCUUAUGCAAAACAUUUUGACACUGUUGUUUUAUCAACGGUAAGGCAAAGUUGUUUUGUAAUCGUAUGUGUCUACUCAUGAAAGGGUGUGUCAUGAUUGAGUUGUGUAAUAAAUGUUUAUUAAAUUGACGCAACGUUUUUAUUAACUAAACAUAGGAAAGAAAUAGAAAAGGUUUAUAAAUUUCUCAAAAUCUGUAUAGUGCAUGGACAUGUGUUGAUCUCACAAGGAAGGAGGCAGAUAGAAAGAAAUAUAAGAUUAAGUGAAUACCAAUUAGACAGUCAAAUAGUUAUUUUACAUUCCAUUAAUUUCCUAAUUACUUUUCCAUGCAUUUUUGCAAUAUUUGCUGUGAAAUUUUGAAGUUUAUGUCAGUACUUGUAUUAAUUAAUAUUAUUAAAUAUCAAAUAAUAGAAAUUAUGCAGGGUUUUCUACCAUGCAGUACCUGUACUAGUUUCUGAACUUUGAAGACUUGGCACAAAUGAAAUCAUUGUAUCCUAAUUAAAAUUAAAUAGGACAGUGAAGUUCACUGUAAUACCACAAUGAUGUUCUAUAUUAUAUAUUACUUUUAAGAGCUUAUUGACAGGGAUGACCAUAUUCAUUUUUUAUUAGAGUUGUCAGCCAGGCAAUUACUGGCAAGUGAUUUCAUAUUUUCCCGGUUUCAAUUUGGUUUGCCCAGACAAAAGUGCUGGAUGAUAACAGGAAUGCAGCCCUCCACAAACAAAUUGUUAUGGGUAACAGUUUUGUCUAUUUUGGAAGCUUUUUUACAGAAGUCGCAAAGCAUUUUGCCCCCUGAUAUAGCUGUCUAGGAUGUGGACUGGGACUUCCAGUGACUAAAGUCAGGGGCACCCAACGAGAAUACAGUUCAAAACCACUUAAACAUAGCAUUGUUAAACUUUUUUAAGUAUUUAAACGGUAGAUAUAGGCAUAUUUUUAUCUCCUAAAAAUUUUUCAUCUGUUCGGAUUUUCUAGCUGAAAGUCUAGUGAUCCGAAAAUUAUAGGGAUCAAAACUUACCGUUUUGAAAAUUCCAGCCAGAAAAAAGGCUCCCGAAAAUUCUAGGUGACCUUUUUAGGGUAAAAAUCCGUUAAAAAUAGGCAAUUAUACCAUUUUUUAGAUGUUCGAAAAUCCUAGGAGAGGCAGGCAAGCAAGAAAUUUUACAACAAAUGUUCCGAAAAUUCUAGAUCUCAAAUCCUCUACCGAACAGAUAUUUUCCGAAAUUACGCGACAGAACAUCCACGACCAAAAUGCAAAUGUUGUUACCAUGUUGUGUACUUUAACUGCUAAAUUGACACAGGAGAGAAGAGGACAUCGUCUGAGAAUCAAGCUGCAAGUUGUUUAUUGGUUGCAUAUGAACUCAAAAAAGUGACUGAUGGAGGCGUUCAACUGGUUUUCUCUUUCUUGAUUGUCUUUCCGCUAUUAAAUUGAGUCGAACUUUCCGGAUGUAUGCCAGUUUGCUUUAGUUGAACACUCCGGUAAAAUAGGUUCUGAUCAAGAUUUUUGUCAAACAGUCAGCCAUCUAGAGUCAAGCGCAAAUUUUUCUAAGUGCUGAGAGUGGAAAGCAAUUUUACGUGGCACCAUGCUCAAGCUCACAGAACAUACAGCAAAGUCGCGAAGCCAUAAUUUCUCUCUUUUGUAGCUCCUGUAUGAAACUUCGUUCUGUGUCUUCCGUGAGUGACUCGCGAGUGUGGGAAUCUUUCAGUUCUUGUUGCUAAUUCCCUGGAGACAAUCUGAGGCCGCAAUCUAAUUGGUCGGUAUUUU